UUCAAUCGAAGGUCGAAUCUCUCUUCUAAUCUCGUAGAGUCUCAAGUCUGUUUCAAUUUGCUCCAGACAUCGAAAAAGACCUCGAAGUCACUGAUUCGAACGAAUGAAGUUAAAGAUCAACAAGGCCUGCGAUCUCAGCUCCAUCUCAGUCCUUCCUCCACACACAAGGAGGCCAAAUGCUGUGCCAAAUGGACCACAAGCAUCGCAGCUUCGAUCUCAACCAUCAGAGCAGUCAUUUUCUCAGGGAUUCUCAUCUCAGCAUGGCAUGUUUUCUCAGCUCUCUCAGAACUCUCUUAGUGACGUUCUGACCAAUGAUCAGAGGUUUGGCUCUCAAGAACGAGAGAAUUCUGUGAAGAAGAUUGCCUGCUUACCCCCAAUUAGUCAUGCACGUGAAGAGAGUCAAAUGCAAAUCUCAAGAUCUUCCACCAACUUCAUGCGCAAGUGGAGUUCUGCGUCUGGUUCAGAUCAUCGAUGUCAGACUAGUGAGGAAUUUGAACACCGGAUUGGAAUGAUGGAAACUUCAUUGAAUAAGUUUGGAAUGAUCUUGGAUUCAGUCCAGAGUGAUGUCAUGCAAGGAAACAAAGGAAUGAAGGAAGUAUCUAUGGAGAUGGAAGCGAUGCGGCAGAAGUUGGCAGCUCAGGAUAACUCAUUGCAGUUAAUGAGUAAGCGGCAAGAAGAUUUCAAAGCUAGUUUUGAUGGGGGCAUCAAGUCUAUGUCUGAACAACUGAGCAAAAAUAACUCUCAAGACAAAUUACAGGAGAUGUUCUUGGUGCUUUCAGCCUUACCAGUAAAAAUAGAAAUCAUAGAAGCAUCUUUACUGAAAUCACAGAAUAAGCUGCAUGACUCCUUCGUCAAGGAAAUGCAG